AUGUCCAAGGAGGACCCGAAGUCACCGAAGCACCUCACCUCGGGCCCGCAGGCGAACCGUGUCAAGGUCAACCCUCAGCCUCCAAACCAGCUCUGUGGUGACGUCGACACCCUGCCGGCGUGCGAGAACUCCAGCCUGCUGUCAAUGCCUCCAGUUUGUGCAGGCCGUCGCAAAGCUUCCACAGAGGACUGCGAAGAGGAGCUGUCAAUGAACCUCCUGUCGAGGGAGGAGAUCUUUAUCCGCACCUUCCCAGGUACAUACUGGAAGGCAGGUGCCAGUGACGAAGAUAUGUCUCCGGUCCGGUCUGGCGCAGAUGCUCAAGGAGAGGAAGAGACCGAGGAUGCUGCAGGAGCCUCCACCGACCUCCCUUUGAGCCACAGCCCAGGAGGUAGCGUGUCAGCGAACUCCUUGAGCGCCUCGGAUCACUUCUCGUCGCCCCCAGCGACGCAGCGGGGCGACAAGCUCAGGGAGAGCAUCUGCCCGGGUCCCAGCUCGAGCUCGGAGGCCGAGCCCGAGCGGAGCCCACAGGCGCAGACGAGCGCAGAAGCAGAAGUGGCAGAAGCGUUCGGCUUCGAACUUCGGGCUUUGCCAGACAAGUUGGAGGAUGCCCCAGCCAUACCAGCCAGGGCCUGUGAGGGUUUUCGGCGCCGAUGGGGACGUUUUGCGCUGUACUCAUCAGGUUGCGACGUCGCCAGCAUCUAUGGCACAGCUAUCGUUCCUUCCUCAGCCAACCAUCGCCAUGUUGGGCGUGUUCACAACAUGGAGCAAGGAGCUCCCCCAUCUCCGACACUUCAGCCGGUUGUGCAGAUGACUCAAGUCCUUGCACCGCCGAAGAUGGAGCUCUCGCUUUCAGGGGCUUGCCUGGACCUCCUGGUUGCACCAGGUGACGUGCUGCUGAUGCGUGGGUCAGGGCGACUGGCCGAGAUCGGCAAUGCGGGUGGCUUCAUGGGCCAUGUUCUCGUUGUGACUGGCAAGCCUCGAGAGGUGCUGGCAUCCUCCGCCGAAGCAGGACAGCUCGCGAGCCUUUGGCCUGAGAAGGCCCAAGCGCUUUGGCGCAUACCCACGUUGGAAAGCACGCGACGGGAGCAAGGCUUGUGGGAAGCCGAAAGUGUAAUCAUGGUCGAGCGCUUGGGGCGGCAGCUGACGCUGGUAGGUGAAGUCGAACGCGAUGGCGACGUGUGCAACUUUGAGCCGCACGAGGCCGUGGAGAUCUGGCAGAGCCCAGAGGAGCUUCGCGGAGCUCUGCGUGUCGACUUGAUGGCUUUGGUUCUGUCAGACAUGCGCAAGAACCAGGCGAGUUGGAGUGCGACGACGGCAGCCAGAGCGGCUCGGAGCCCCAGAGAUUUGCAGGGGAAGGUUCGGGAAGCAGAGAUCACGCCGGCCCGCUGUUCGAAAUGCCCCUCGGACAGAAUGGCUCUGGGGUCUGGAGAACUGCGGACUCACGUGACAGAGAGCCUUCACACAGCCUGUGCCAUCGAUGCUGCGGACAAGGCUCUGCUGCCGGCCACCUUCGGUGCUCUCGCCGACCAGCUCCAGGUGGGUCCAACGCAGCUUGCCAUGCUCAACUUCGCUCAGAGCAUCGCCUUUUCCUUGGCUCUUCCCGUGUGGGGCUCCAUGAUGCAGUUCUACACACCACGAGACUUGCUCGCCGGUGGCUGCUUUCUUUGGGGCUUUGUCACGAUGUUGAUUGCAACGAGCUCGAACUACAUGGUCCACUUUUUGCUGCGGCUGGUCAUGGGCGCUGCCCUGGCGGUGGUCGCGCCGAUCGGUCAAGCCAUGCUUUGCGACCUGGUUCCCGAAGCCGAGCGGGGCUGGGUCUUCGGGCUCCUGCAGUCCAUCUCCACGGCUCUGAGUGUUGGAGUGACCUUCCUUACCACCGGCUUUGCCAGGGUGCUCAUCGCUGGCGUAUAUGGCUGGCGAUGCAUAUACGCGUUGAUUGGCAUCGCCUCCUUCUUCACCGUCGCCGCUGUUGUGACAAUCGUUCCAGAUACGUUGGCCGCUUCUGGAAUGAACACCAAGGGCCGAUCCUGGUGGGAAGAGCAGGCCCGAGUGGUGCAGCUGGUCAUGCAAAAGCCGUCCUUCGUAAUCAUGGUCUCCCAGGGUGUGACCGGUGGAAUUCCAUGGAACGGUUUCGCCUUCCUGCCACUGUAUUUUCAACUUAGUGGCUUCAACGAUUUCCGGGCCGGCGAGAUCAUGCUCUACGGAGGCUUGGGCGGGAUGGUCGGCGGAUUGCUCGGUGGCUGGCUGGGUGACCGCUUCCAUCGCUGCUGGCCUUACGGGGGCCGCUGUGUCGUUGCGCAGCUCUCCGUCCUGCUGGGCUCUUUGUUCUUUGUAGCCGUGAUGACCAGCCCCGCGAAGUUCAGUUUGGUGGUGGGCUUCUUCUUCGCCUUCCACGUUGCCUCCUGUUGGACGCCCGCAGCGGCUCUGAGACCCAUCUGCGGCGAGAUCGUCCGCGACAGCCGCGACAGGGCACAGAUCCUUGCAUUGUGGAUUGCCCUGGAGGGCAUCAUCUCGUCCAUUUUUGGGGCGCCUCUGGUUGGCCUCAUCUCCGAGGCGUUCGGCUGCAAACUUGGGGGUCUGGCCGCAGCCGGUCACGACCAGUCGGUCAACGCGCUGCGCUCUGCCCUCUUAGCCGUGGCCCUGAUCCCGUGGGCGCUCUGCGGGCUGGCCUGGCCGGAUCCAAGUUUGGGUGCCGGCUUCAACCCGGGUGACAAGAUCUCGUACUGGGAUCUGAGCUGCGGAACUUGGGUCAGCGGCUUCGUGAAAGAGCGAGUCGUUGACGGUCAAGGUGACGUGGCAGUUGCCUACCACUUGGAUAUCAAGCCGUCGGCCAACCCACAGCACGUGCGGCGUCGGCUGAACGAGGAAACCGUGGCCGCGAAGGCAGUCGACUUGAUCCGGAGAUAUGUGCCCCUCAAGGCUGAUCGUGCCCUCCCGGGCGAUUUGAUGAGAAGCAUGCAGAGAUGCUACUGGAGCUGUAUCCAGCAGGCACCACUGGUUUUUCGACCAGUCAUGACGCUUCCCCCACAACCAAUGGUCAUCAACGUCCCUGUUGGUCCGAGCCCUCCCACAGCAUCACGCCCCCAGUCUCCACAGCCGCAGUCCAGCAGUAGGCCCAGGAAGACGUCAUCCUCACAUUCAAACCCGGCGGCACCAUCGCCAACGAUGAGACCUGUGCCCGUCUUUGGCCACCCGCCUCAGAGCGUAAGCCCAAGCCCGGUCCAGAUGCCUGCCGCCGCCCCGCAAAAUUUGCCGGUCUUUGCCUUUCCUCAGAACCGCUCUGGCGGGCAGCUGCCGGUGUUUGCCUUCCCCGGCCGUGAACCUGGGCAGCCCGGUCAGCCCCCUUCGUCGCCGAGCGCUCUCCCCAUCUUUGCGCCCUCUGGCGGACUUGCCGGCCUUGGCGCUGUUCCUGGCAUGGCCCUGCCGCAGCAGCUCACCCCUCGCACGCCUAGAACGCCCCGCGACGAACAGACGUCGCCGACGGCACAAGUGGCCUCUUCCCCUUCUUCACCCUCCCAGCCACCUCAGGAGCCAGUGCAGGAAGCGCAGGACAGCGAAGUGGAGUGGAUGAACUUGAGGAAAGGCAUCACCACAUCCACGGAAGGGUUCGCCAACGAGGAGGAGGGUCUCAAGGAGGUGUUAAGCCCCGGCGAUGAAUCGAUUGACUUCGAGGAGUUCUCGGACAUCCGCAACUCGGACGGUGCGGGCCCGGGAUUGCAGGAUUGGAAACCUCUCCAAGUUUCUUGCAGGUUUUCACGAUCUGCGGCCAUUGCGGCUCACGAGGGAGAUGCCUGGAGUCACCCUGUAUGUCAGAGCGGUACAGUCGAGAAAGCCACACCGGCACAACUAGGCUUGUCUAAGAGGUGUUUUGUUCACUCAAACUGCCCUCCUUGA